CCUACAAAAAGUCCACCUUACAUUUAUUUCAGAACCUUCCACUUCCACGCCUUUAUUUAUUUUCUUUUGUUCUUUUUCAAGUUUCAACUCUCUCUGUAACUGUUUCAUAAGUUGGAAAAAGAAGAGAGUUAUUAAUUUCAUCACAAUGCUUCCCUUCCUCGAAACUCAUAUCAUGUCACAAUAUCUCCUAAUCUCUCAUCCAAAUUAACAGCAACCAAAUCUCAAGAAGAUGGAGAGCUCAAUUGGGUUCAUGACAGUCUUCGCCGUCUCUGGAAGUGUGGUGCUUCUUGCGGCUCAGCUUCACAAGCGUCUCCUCUCUGAUUAUAUGGACAAGCUCGAGCCUCAACAUUCUAAUAAGGAAAGAAAGAAGACGAAGAAGAAGAAGGUGAGCUUUGCAGAAGAUAUGGUGGAGCCGUCAGGGAACAACGAAGAGUAUCGCCGGAGUUUCCGCAAAUCGAAGUUGGAGGAUGAAAGAAGAAGCCCUCAAAAGAGUCAACUUAUUCAACACAAAAUUUUCAUAUAAAUAUUUUUCUAUGUAAUUGUUUUCCUUAUUUGGUAAAUAUUAGUUUCACAAAAUUAGGAGCUAGACCGGACCACAUAUCCCAUUCCAUGUCUUUUUUUAUUAUGUCAAGUUGUGUCAUUGGACGUAGUACAUGUGUCGUUAAUGUUCUGAUUCGUAUCGAGUAGCGUUAUUAA